AUGAGCUCAAAGGACUUGACGGUAGAGCAUCUCGCUGCCGGUGCGAACAGACAGACUGCCGUUGCAGACUGGAGUCGGACGGGGCUGCUGGCUUAUGGAGCAGAUUGCAAUAUCGCUCUGUGGCGCCCAGCUGCCAACCCCCCUAGAGGUGUAUUUAGACUCUUGAAUGGGCACAAGGAGACUGUCAAGGCCCUGUCAUUUCUUCCAGAGCUGGACAAUGACCCCUCGACGUAUUUCAUCAGUGGCUCAGAUGACAAGACCAUAGCUGUCUGGAAGUCUACCGAUGAUAGGCAAGACUUUAAGCUACUUCAGACGGCAACUGAACACACUGGGCCAAUAAACUGCGUUGCCGCCUUGCGAGUUGCUGCUGACCAGCCGAAAUGGAUUGUUGCAACUGGAGCAGCAGAUGCGACUAUUAGGAUAUGGAGCUUUGAGAAUGAUCAGCUGCAACUAGUCCAGACCAUCAACACAGCGCCAAAAUACUUCCCUCUAUCACUUUCACUCAGCACUCUCGGCGCUGAUAAUGACGCUUAUAUUCUCGCCUCAGCCGGCACGAGGGAUGUCGUCCAGAUUCUCACGGCCGAGGCGAAGGCAGACAGCAUUCAGUUCCAGCUUCAGGCAACGCUCAGUGGCCAUGAAGGCUGGCUGAGAUCCCUAAGCUUUUCAAGGGAAACCAAUAGCCUAGAUAGCGAUUUGCUUCUUGCAUCAGCCAGCCAGGACAAGUACAUCAGAAUCUGGAGGGUUCACCAGGGCAAAGAACUCCCCGCCCUGGCUGUCGAAGGCUCAGACCCAUCAAGCGGUGCCUUUAUGCCGGGAAAAUCCCCGUCAAACAAAGCACACUGGCUCAAGGCCUCUGGCAAAGACUUUUCCGUUACGUUCGAGGCGUUGCUGCUGGGCCACGAAGACUGGAUUUACAGCGCAAAGUGGCAUUCCCAUGCCGAUGGCAAGCUGCAACUCCUGUCUGCUUCUGCGGACAAUUCGCUGGCUAUCUGGGAGGCCGACCCCAGCUCCGGUAUUUGGGUCAGCAUGGUGAGGCUUGGAGAGAUCAGCAGAGAAAAGGGCGCAACAACGGCAACAGGAAGCACUGGCGGCUUCUGGACUGGUCUCUGGUCUCCUGAUGGAAAGUCGGUGGCCUGCCUGGGUAGAACCGGAAGUUGGAGAAGGUGGGAGUAUGACGUCUCGGAAGAUAUCUGGCGGCCUUGCGUUGCCAUCUCUGGCCACACAAAAGCCGUCACCGGCAUCUCCUGGUCUAAAGACGGUGGCUUCCUUCUCUCUACAAGCUCAGAUCAGACGACUCGACUUCACAUGAAGUGGAAAAGCUCUGGUACAUGGCACGAGAUGUCUCGCCCUCAGAUCCACGGCUACGAUCUCAACUGCAUCGACUCGCUGGGCUCCUCCCAGUUUGUGUCUGGCGCUGACGAGAAGCUCAUGAGAGUCUUCAGCGAGCCCAAAGCCGUGGCCACCAUGCUUAGUCGCCUCGGGGGCAUCGACGGAGCAAACAUUGCAGACAUGCCCGACGCCGCCAACAUGCCCGUGCUGGGCCUCUCGAACAAGGCCAUCGACGCCCUAGACGACGACCAAGAAAUCCAACCCAUAGACGACCGCGACCGAGACGCCAUCGACCCGGCCUCCAUCGUCAAGAAAUCAUAUCUGGACAUCGACCAUCCGCCCUUUGAAGAAACCCUCUCCCGGCACACCCUCUGGCCCGAAACGGAGAAGCUCUACGGCCACGGCUACGAAAUCUCGUGCCUUGCCGCCAGCCACGACGGCAAGCUCGUAGCCAGCGCCUGCAAGGCCAGCUCCGUCAACCACGCCGUCAUCCGCAUCUUCGAGACGGACAAGUGGACCGAACUCAGACCCCCGCUGGCAGCCCACUCUCUGACGGCCACACGGCUGCGCUUCUCCUCCGACGACAAGUAUCUGCUGAGCGUCGGCCGCGAUCGCCAAUGGGCUGUCUUCGAGCGAGGCGUCGGAGAAGACGGCGCCACCCAAUACCAGCUGCUGCAGUCCAACGCAAAGGGCCACUCUAGAAUGAUCCUCGAUGCCGCAUGGGCUCCUUCCGCGGCUCCUCUGUUCGCCACGGCCGGCCGAGACAAGCAAAUCAGAGUCUGGUCUCUGUCGAAGCCAGAGGGCGAGGACACCAAGGCCCAGUUCGUGCAAGUUUCCGCUUUGGCUUCUGACGGCCCAGUCACGUCGGUCGACUUCCUGACACAGCCUGUCGGAGAUAGAUACAUCCUCGCGGUUGGCACCGAGAGCGGGCGGGUUAGCCUGUGUAUGGUGGCUAAAGAUGGCUCCUCUGUCUCAGAGCUGCCGACGUCUUCUGAGUAA